GUAAUUUCUUGGGCGACGAAAGGCCAUUUUCUUUGGAUAUUGAAGGCUACAGAUCACGAAUUUGGCCUGAGGCUAUUCUCCAACGAUGAUUGACUCCAUUAAGCACCGAAUUUGGCGGAUUUAUUCCGGGUCAAUUUUUGGCAGAUUCCAAAGGGGUACCAUCACAGAUUUCGGGCCAUUUAUUCGAAAUGCUAUUUUCUUUUGAUUCUGGACGCUACAGAUCACAGAAUAAGGUCGAGGCUAUUCUCCACUGAUAAUGAAGUCUAUUGAUCCUAUUCUCCACGGAUGAUAAGUACGUUAAGAACGAUUUGGGCCAAUUUAUUUUCUGAUGGCAUUUUCGUAAUUUCUUGGGCGACGAAAGACCAUUUUCUUUGGAUAUUGAAGGCUACAGAUCACGGAUUCGGCCUGAGGCUAUUCUCCAACGAUGAUUGAGUCCAUUAAGAACCGAUUUGGGCAGAUUUAUUCCGGGUCAAUUUUUGGCAGAUUCCAAAGGGGUACCAUCACAGAUUUCGGGCAAUUUAUCCGAAAUGCCAUUUUCUUUCGAUUCUGGAGGCUACAGAUCAUGAAAUAAGGCCGAGGCUAUUCUCCACCGAUAAUGAAGUCUAUUGAUCCCAGUAUCCACGGAUGAUAAGUCCGGUAAGCAUUGUUUUGGGCCAAUUAAUUUUCGGAUGGCAUUUUCAUAAUUUAUUGGGCGACGAAAGGCCAUUUUCUUUGGAUAUUGAAGGCUACAGAUCACGGAUUCGGCCUGAGGCUAUUUCCAACGAUGAUUGAAUCCAUUAAACACCGAUUUGGGCGGAUUUAUUCCGUGUCAAUAUUUGUCAGAUUCCAAAGGGGUACCAUCACAGAUUUCGGGCGAUUUAUCCGAAAUACUAUUUUUUUUCCAUUCUGGAGGCUACAGAUCACAGAAUCAGGCCGAGGCUAUUCUACACUGAUAAUGAAGUCUAUUGAUGUUAUUCUCCACGGAUGAUAAGUCCAUUAAGCAUCGAUUUGGGCCAAUUUUUUUUCGGAUAGCAUUUUCGUAAUUUCUUUGGCGACGAAAGACCAUUUUCUUUGGAUAUUGAAGGUUACAAAGGGGUACCAUCACAGAUUUGGAGCGAUUUAUCCGAAAUGCCAUUUUCUUUCAAUUUUGAGGCUACAGAUCACGGAAUCAAGCCGAGGCUAUUCUCCACCGAUAAUGAAGUCUAUUGAUCCUAUUGUCCACGGAUGAUAAGACCGUUAAGCAUCGAUUUGGGCCAAUUUAUUAACGGAUGGCAUUUUCGUAAUUUCUUGGGCGACGAAAGGCCAUUUUCUAUGGAUAUUGAAGGCUACAGAUCACGGAUUCGGCCUGAGUCUAUUCUCCAAUGAUGAUUGUGUCCAUUAAGCACCGAUUUGGGCGGAUUUAUUCCGGGUUAAUUUUUGGCAGAUUCCAAAGGGGUACCAUCAUAGAUUUCAGGCGAUUUAUUAGAAAUGCCAUUUUCUUUCGAUUCUGGAGGCUACAGAUCACGGAAUAAGGUCGAGGCUAUUCUCCACCGAUAAUGAAGUCUAUUGAUCCUAUUUUCCACGGAUGAUAAGUCCGUUAAGCAUCGAUUUGGGCAAAUUUAUUUUCGGAUGGAAUUUUUGUAACUUAUUGGGCGACGAAAGGCCAUUUUCUUUGGAUAUUGAAAGCUACAGAUCACGGAUUCGGCCUGAGGCUAUUCUCCAACGAUGAUUGAAUCCAUUAAGCACCGAUUUCGACGGAUUUAUUCCGGGACAAUUUUUGGCAGAUUCCAAAGGGGUGCCAUCACAGAUUUUGGGGGAUUUAUCCGAAAUGCCAUUUUCUUUCGAUUCUUGAGGCUACAGACCACGGAAUCAGGACGAGGCUAUUCUCCACCGAUAAUGAAGUCUAUUGAUUAUAUUCUCCACGGAUGAUAAGUCCGUUAAGCAUCGAUAUGGGCCAAUUUAUUUUCGGAUGGCAUUUUCGUAAUUUCUAGGGCGUCGGAAGGCCAUUUUCUUUGGAUAUUGUAGGCUACAGAUCAGGGAUUCGGCCUGAGGCUAUUCUCCACGAUGAUUGACUACAUUAAACACCGAUUUGGGCGGAUUUAUUCCUGGUCAAUUUUUGGCAGAUUCCAAAGGGGUACCAUCAUAGAUUUCGGGCCAUUUAUCCGAAAUGCCAUUUUCUUUUGAUUCUGGAGGCUACAGAUCACGGAAUCAAGCCGAGGCUAUUCUCCACCGAUAAUGAAGUCUAUUGAUCCUAUUCUCCACGGAUGAUAAGUCCGUUAAGCAUCGAUUUGGGCCAAUUUAUUUUCGGAUGGCAUUUUCGUAAUUUUUUCGGUACGAAAGGCCAUUUUCUUUGGAUAUUGAAGGCUACAGAUCACGGGUUCGGCCUGAGGCUAUUCUCCAACGAUGAUUGACUACAUUAAACACCGAUUUGGGCGGAUUUAUUCCUGGUCAAUUUUUGGCAGAUUCCAAAGGGGUACCAUCAUAGAUUUCGGGCCAUUUAUCCGAAAUGCCAUUUUCUUUUGAUUCUGGAGGCUACAGAUCACGGAAUCAAGCCGAGGCUAUUCUCCACCGAUAAUGAAGUCUAUUGAUCCUAUUCUCCACGGAUGAUAAGUCCUUUAAGCAUCGAUUUGGGGCAAUUUAUUUUCGGAUGGUAUUUUCGUAAUUUCUUCGGUGACGAAAGGCCGUUUUCUUUGGAUAUUAAAGGCUACAGAUUACGGAUUCGGCCUGAGGCUAUUCUCCAGCGAUGAUGGAGUCCAUAAAGCACCGAUUUAAGCGGAUUGAUUCCGGGUCAAUUUUUGGCAGAUUCCAAAGGGGUACCAUCAUAGAUUUCGGGCCAUUUAUCCGAAAUGCCAUUUUCUUUUGAUUCUGGAGGCUACAGAUCACGGAAUCAAGCCGAGGCUAUUCACCACCUAUAAUGAAGUCUAUUGAUCCUAUUCUCCACGGAUGAUAAGUCCUUUAAGCAUCGAUUUGGGCCAAUUUAUUUUCGGAUGGCAUUUUCGUAAUUUCUUCGGUGACGAAAGGCCAUUUUCUUUGGAUAUUGAAGGCUACAGAUCACGGAUUCGGCCUGAGGCUAUUCUCCAACGAUGAUUGAGUCCAUUAAUCAGCGAUUUGGGCAGAUUUAUUCCGGGUCAAUUUUUUGCAGAUUCCAAAGGACAGAUUUUGGGCUAUUUAUCCGAAAUGGCAUUUUCUUUUGAUUAUGGAGGCUACAGAUCACGAAAUCAAGCCGAGGCUAUUCUCCACCGAUAAUGAAGUGUAUUGAUCCUAUUCUCCACGAAUGAUAAGUCCGUUAAGCAUCGAUUUGGGCAAAUUUAUUUUCGGAUGGCAUUUUCGUAAUUUCUUCGGUGACGAAAGGCCAUUUUCUUUGGAUAUUGAAGCCUACAGAUCACGGAUUCGGCCUGAGGCUAUUCUCCAACGAUGAUUGAGUCCAUUAAUCACCGAUUUGGGCAGAUUUAUUCCGGGUCAAUUUUUGGCAGAUUCCAAAGGGGUGUACCAUCACAGAUUUUGGGCUAUUUAUCCGAAAUGGCAUUUUCUUUUGAUUCUGGAGGCUACAGAUCACAAAAUCAAGCCGAGGCUAUUCUCCACCGAUAAUGAAGUCUAUUGAUCCUAUUCUCCACGGAUAAUAAGUCCGUUAAGCAUCGAUUUGGGCCAAUUUAUUUUCGGAUGGCAUUUUCGUAAUUUCUUCGGUGACGAAAGGCCAUUUUCAUUGGAUAUUGAAGGCUACAGAUCACGAAUUCGGCCUGAGGCUAUUCUCCAACGAUGAUUGAGUCCAUUAAGCACCGAUUUGGGCGGAUUUAUUCCUGGUCAAUUUUUGGCAGAUUCCAAAGGGGUACCAUCACAGAUUUCAGGCCAUUUAUUCGAAAUGCCAUUUUCUUUUGAUUCUGGAGGCUACAGAUCACGAAAUCAAGCCGAGGCUAUUCU